UUUGUUUUUCCUUCAUUUCGUGAUCAAUACCUAGAAAAUAAUCGAAUUCAAAUAAUUAACUAGAUAGUUGUUAUUUUGUGUUAUAAAUUUAAAAACAACUUAAACAGUGGUAUAAAGCUUUCUUAAGAUAUUUCUUUAUUUAAACAAUGUCAGCAUUACGCGCGAGAUCAAGUUUAUCAAUACAAUUCGCUAAGAGGUUACUUUGUCAUUCGAGGAAUAAUGCAAAUUAUGUUAAUCGGAUUGCUAUAUUAAGAAAGCCGGAGACAUUAUCGAUUCAAUCGGCAAAAUUUAGUACCGUGUCUGAUCAGCAAAAAGCCGAAGUACUAAAAUCUAAUCCUGAAAAGAAAGAAUUUCAAGCCGAAACGCGCAUGUUACUUGAUAUUGUAGCAAGAUCUUUAUAUUCCGAUAAAGAAGUAUUUAUUAGGGAACUGAUAUCAAAUGCAAGUGAUGCUCUGGAGAAGUUCCGUUAUUUGAGUGUAAGUGGUGCAGAGGGCACCCCACAGUUGGACAACACUGAUAGAGCACUAGAAAUUAAACUCAUCACAGAUAAACAAAACAGAACUAUUACAUUCCAGGACAAUGGUAUAGGUAUGACGAAAGAUGAAUUGAUACAAAAUUUAGGUACCAUAGCUAGAUCUGGCUCCAAAUCUUUCAUAGAAGAGAUAAAGAAGCAAGGUGCGGAACAAGCAAAUACAAUAAUUGGCCAGUUUGGUGUAGGUUUUUACUCAGCUUUUAUGGUAGCUGAUAAAAUUGAAGUUUACACAAGGAGCAGUAAGUCAGGUUCACCAGGGUUUAAGUGGAAUUCUGAUGGAUCUGGAACAUAUGAAAUUCAAGAAAUGGAUGAUGUUCCAAUUGGAACAAAAAUAAUUGUCUAUCUCAAAACUGAUUGCAGGGAGUUUGCUGAUGAUGAAAGAGUUAAAGAUAUAAUCAAGAAAUAUAGCAAUUUCAUUGGAAGCCCUAUUUUACUAAAUAAUGAACAAGUCAACUCUAUAAAGCCAGUAUGGUUAAUGGAACCAAAAGAAGUUACACAUGAACAACAUGUGGAAUUUUAUAGGUUUAUCAGCAAUUCUUACGAUAAGCCACGUUUUACAUUACAUUACAAAACAGAUGCUCCGAUCAGUAUUCGAUCAAUACUUUAUGUUCCUGAAGGAAAACCGGGACUUUUUGAAAUGUCUCGGGAUUCCGAUGUUGGUGUUUCACUGUACUCAAGGAAAAUAUUGAUUAAAAGCAAAGCUGAUAAUAUAUUACCAAAAUGGUUAAGAUUUGUUAAAGGUGUUGUGGAUUCUGAGGACAUACCGCUUAACUUAAGCAGAGAACUAUUACAAAAUAGUGCUUUAAUUGUAAAAUUGCGGACAGUUUUAACAAACCGAUUCAUAAAGUUCAUGUGUGAAAUGGCUCAAAAAGAUCCAGUCGGUUUUGAUGCAUUCUACAAGGAUUACUCCUUGUUCCUGAAAGAAGGAAUUGUGACCAGUCAGAGUCCUCUAGAAAAGGAAGAAAUUGCAAAAAUGCUACGAUUUGAAUCAUCCAAAUUAGAAGCAGGAGUAAAGACAUCUUUAGCAGAUUAUUGUGCAAGGCAAAAGGAUGAUCAGAAGUCCAUAUUUUAUUUAGCUGCACCCAGUCGUCAACUCGCCGAAACAUCACCGUACUAUGAAUCACUUAAGAAACGCGAUCUCGAAGUUCUGUUCUGUUACGAAAUGUAUGAUGAACUGGUUUUACUAGAACUGAAAGAAUUCGGCCGACGUUCUUUAGUGUCAGUUGAAAAUGACAUGCAAAAGGAAUCCACUGAUAAAAGUGAAACAGUUAUAGGUAGUGACGACUUGCAACAAAAUGAAGUUAAUGAUUUAAUAUCGUUCUUAAAAUCGAAUUUAAAUGGUAAAGUGUUUGAAGUGCGCACUACACAAAAGUUGGACACACAUCCAUGUGUUAUUGUUAUACCAGAAAUGGCCGCCGCGCGACAUUUUAUAAGGACUCAAGCGCAAAAUCUCAGUGAAGAAAACAGAUUCUCUUUAUUGAGACCUCAAUUAGAAAUCAAUGCAAAACAUACAAUAAUAAAGAAAUUACACAAACUAGUAUCCAGCGACAAAGAACUAGCCAACAUGGUGUCCCAGCAACUAUUCUCAAAUGCUAUGGUGACUGCCGGACUGGUUAUGGAUCCAAGAAAUUUAGUCAAUCAUAUUAAUGACCUACUAGUGAAAGCUUUAGAAAAACAUUAAUUUUUUCUGUUAUUUAUUAGAUGUAUUUUAAUUAAUAAAUAAUGUUAUGGCUUAA